UUCAACAAGCCAAAUGGAAUAAACCACAGGUUUGACCCUUUACAGAGGAUGUGUCGGUGCUGCACACGUUUCUUGCUACUGAGCGUGCUAAGUGUAUGAAGGACCUUGAGGAAGAACCCAACAGCAAAAGCUUUGGAAAUCUUCCUAAAGUGACUUUGAUGCAGGUAGUACUAUUUAACAGAAGGAGGGAAGGGGAAGUUUCAAAAAUGGAGCUUCAGUCUUUCACAUCCAGGGAUCUUACGGAGCUGAAUCCAGACAUUGUGAGGGGCCUUACUGACUUCGAGAAGAAGCUUGCAGAGCACUUUGAGAGAGUUGAGAUUCGAGGUAAAAGGUCAAGAAAGGUUCCAGUGCUUCUAACCCCUGACAUGAUCACUGCUAUGGACCUCCUCAUGAUAAGCAGAAAAGAGUGUCAAGUCCACAAAGAAAAUGUGUACAUUUUUACACGGCCAGGUGUCCUUUCCCAUUACAGAGGCUCCGACUGCUUUCGCAAGUAUGCAAACAAUGUGGUGCAAAGAACCCAGAGGCACUCACCUCAACAAGAUUGCGGAAACAAGUCGCCACUUUGUCCACACUACUAAACCUCAAAGAAAAUGAAAUGGAUCAACUUGCCACCUUUCUAGGACAUGACAUCCGUGUCCAUAGAGAAUUCUAUCGGCUUCCAGAGAGUACCCUGCAGCUCGAAAAGUCAGCAAACUGUUGAUAGCAAUCGAAAAAGGAAGACUGCCUUACCUGCAGGGGAAAGGGCUGGAUGACAUUGAGGUCAAUCCUGAAGAUGAAGUAGAAAUGAGUGAUGAUGAUUCCAGUGAAGAAACCAUUGCUGACCUACAUCAAUGCAAAGGCUCAACAACAGAGACUUCUAGGGACCAGACACUUCUGAGGCAAACACCAGAGUCAACCACCCUGGACAACAUGGAGGGCACUUCUGAGUCAACCACCCUGGACAACAUGGAGGGCACUUCUGAGUCAACCACCCUGGACAACAUGGAGGGCACUUCUGAGUCAACCACCCUGGACAACAUGAAGGGCACUCCUGAGUCAACCACCUUGGAUAACGUACACAUGAGCAACACACAACCAAGACAUGGUAAAAUAGUCACAUCCCAAGCAUCCUCAAAGUGCUCCAAAGGAAAGCAAGCUGUGAAGGUGAGAAGCAAGUGGACAGGUGAUGAAGUGAAAGCUGUUGAGCGGCAUUUGCUUAAUUUCAUAACAAGCUGCAGAAUACCAGGUAAAAGGACUGUGACUCCUGCCUCCAAGCAGAGCCAGUAGCUCUGAAAGACAGAGACUGGGUUGCUAUCAAAUACUACAUCCACAACAGAAAUGUAGCAUUAAAAAGGAAGAUGAAUAGAUAGAACUAGAGCAUGCCAACUGUAGCUCAGGUACCAUUCAAUUCCAAUUUCAAUCAGCUUCUCCUCAGAUAGUGUUAAUAUCUGUGGGUUUCAUGUUCAUAUUAUUUUAUUUUCCUUAAAUGAUUUAUAUUGUUGGUUCUUGUACAAACAUGCCACAUAGGCUCGACUGUAGAUCCCACAUGUUUGUAUGUUUAUGUAUAAUUGAGGGCUAUUAAUGAGCAUAUGUUUGCCACUUAUGGUCAAUUUUUUGGGGGAUAACAGUUGAUGAUAUAGGUUAAUACUCUGCUCUCAUUGACAGGGAAAAGAGAUAAACAGUACUUAAAGGGAUUGUUAUUGUUCCUAAGUUUUCAGAAGCACUUUGUUCUUAACCACAAGUUGUUGAAUGUGGCAAGGUGUUUAAAUUACUGUUAAACUAUUACCAUUUCAAUGGGUGCUUGUAACAGGCCUUGUGUAUGGUAACUUGCACUAUGUAACUAUGAUGUAAAUCCCUAUGUUAUUUAGACAGGUUAGCUGAAUGUACACUGUCAUGUUUCAUAGAAGCUGGAUGCUUUAAUAGAGAGUUUCUCAUUCAUUUCAAACAUGCCAUUUCUACUGCCUUGUGCAUAGCAGGGAAGGAGGCAAAGUGUAGGUGGUCUAUUCUGGGUGUUCAAUUGAUUUGUUAAUUUGCAUAUUUUCGCUGGCACUCAAUAAAAGUAAGGCAUAAAGUGUU